AUCUUAGCAAUCUUUUAGAAAUUAAAUCAUUUAAAAACUUCUUGUAACAUUUUACAUUUGUUCAAUUAUUUACUCAAAAGUAAUUCACAGUUUUGCCAAAAUUAAAUAAAAUUGUGUUUCAAGAUGAGCAGAAUAUUAUCAACGAUUUCGGUGCAUUCUAUUGCCGAUAAAAGCGUCAUCGAUAUGAAGGAUAUAUUUCCGAAAAAGUUACCAGAACUACACGUGGGUCCUGUGUACGAUGAAAAUGGUUUCACGCUGAGCGAGAGAUUGGCUCUCAGACAGGCUUGGAAAGUAAUCAAACCCUUUGAGCGACGCUAUGGCAAAGAAAUCUACUUCACCUUCCUAAUGGAAAAUUAUAAGGUUUUCGAGAAUUUUCGAUGGAAGGGAAAACUGGAUCUGCAACGUUUACACGGACAUUCGUUGAAUUUUAUGCGCUUCAUAAGCGCUGUUAUUGACCAAAAUGAUCCAGUUGUAUUCCAAGCGAUGCUCAAUGAUAUGUACAACAUGCACAAUCGAUGUCACGUCAAUUUCGAGUACAUGGAGAUACUUGUUAAGGCGUUGAUUAGCUAUGUGCUCGAUAAGCUCCAUGAUGUUAGAUCUGCAUCCUUGCAGAGUGGCUUCCAAAAGCUGUUGGACAAGUUUCAUACCUUUGUUAUUGAUGAUCGACCCAAGGGAAUUACCUAUUCAAUACGUCCAUCCGAUGAUAUCGAUGUGUCUUAGCAGUUUCAUUGUAAUACCGCUUCCGGCAACCAAUCAAUUUGUUGAAAAGAAAAGAAAGAAAUAUUA